AUUGCAAUAAGGCCACAACAAAAAGCUUUCGUGUUUCCGGUCGGCCGACCGGGUCCGUUUUUUCAAAAAUUAUGGAAUUUUUUGGUUUACGACAAGUACAAAAAAACAAAGAAAAACAAGCAAAAACACUGAAAGCAUUGUGUUGCUUUGCUCGAACCGAAAUAAAAGUUUGACUGAAUGCAGAGACGAAAAUUCCGGAGCUGGAGAAAAGGUCGCCAAGAACGAUGGCUGCUUAGAGCAGCCCGCUUUGUGUCCAGUGCUGACGAUGGCUGCUCAGAGCAGCCCGCUUUGUGUCCAGUGCUGGCGGGGUGCGAAGUGUCUUCUUCAGCAAAGGAUAGUUCGCGUCUCCCAUGAAACCACCUUGAAGGAGUUGUUUUGUGAGGAAGUGCAGCCUCGCUUGCCUGAGGACAUCACGUCUUUAGAGUGGAUUGUCGCAGCUACAGCAAGCAGCAAUGGUGGGGCAGGAACGUGGAAAGAUGUAGAGGUAACUGAAACUGUCGGCCUUGUUGUCGAAUUUGGAUGCCGUCUCCUGGAUUUUCGCUUGGUGGACGUAGCUCCUGCUGCCAAGCGACCGUGCCCUGACCGUCCCUCGGCAUUCGAUGUGCUUCUGGGAGCAGCAGCGAAGCGGGAUCACCUGCCAACUCCAACUGGGAAGACGUCUAAAGACGUUUUAUUCACUGACAUAACUGGUCACUUGAAGGCUUGUGAACUGGGGUUUUCAGCUGCUGCAGUAGAAACUGAAGGUUCCUAUGUUGUCCGUACAUUGACGUCAGCAGUGUGGUACAUACAUCCAAAUUUGCAAACAAUAGUGGAUGCAUCCUCACGGAAGUGUGUUCCUGCUGUGCCAUCCCGCUGGCUUAACCUUUUCAGUGGUAAGGUGUACAACGACUGGCAAGGAAAGAAGGAGAAGCGUCCUCAACUUGAUUCCCCGACUAUUGCCGCACACGGGCAAGCGCUGCUGGCACUGUUGGACAAGCCAUGCAUUUCUGGACAGUCGUGGAGUGCACUGCGCAAGGACAUCGAGGGACUUGUAGACACUUGCCGGGGUUACCAGAAGUACCUGGAAUCAAAAGCUGGUGGACAGAGUCAGCGCCAGAGCCAGAAUCAUCCUGUACGGCAGGUAGCAGAAAACAUGUCCAUGACCCACCACAACGCUAGGAGCGAGGCUGGCAUGACUAGCCAGGAGAGAAAGCUGGACAGUGCUUUGAGAGACAGGCCAACAUUUGACCCACUGUUCUAUGACGAGGAACUGCUACUUGGCACAAUUCUCACCAAAGACCAGCGCUAUCGUCUCUUCAAAGAUUUAGCUGUAUCAGUGCCAAUUGACGUGCUUCGCUUUGAUGCAGGUGGUGGUACCUCCGCAACUGUCAUCAUUUGGAGGGUGUCCAGCGACAUUUCCGAGUCCGAGCAUGUUGGCCGAAUUGCUCGCCUGGUGAAGUCUCUGGAACCCAACCUGCCCGAGUACCACACAAGGCAGAUGCGGAAAGAGUUCUUCUCCAAGUAUGGCCAACUUGCUGGCAUGUUUUUGUGUCAAUGUCAGUACUAUGCGUCUAUUGAUGCUGACCCAUUGGUAUUGCAUACAAUUCUCAGAAAUCUCUGA